CAGACGCGCCCUUGUCAUAGAAACAAAGUGCUUUGCUACUAAGCAAACAAAAACAAUAUAAGUAAUCACAGUACCAACAUCUCCCUGUUUGCUUAUUGAUUUGCUUCUUCCGAUCCCAUCACGAAGUGCAAAUAGCAAUUCCGCUACUCACAAAAAACCUUUUCCUAUUCCCUUUCUCUUUCCUGAACCCAACACAACACAACACAGGAUAAAUAAAUUAAAUUAAAAACUAGCUAAAUUCCUCUCUCUCUCUCUUUCUCUUCGAGGGUUUGGGUUUCUCUUCCUCCCUUGGAGAAAAAGAAGAGCCACCGCUGCGACGCCGUUCGUGCAUUUUUGAGGUGCCGCUGUCAUGUUUGGGCGUGGUGGACCAAGGAGGAGUGAUAACUCCAAAUAUUAUGAUAUUCUCGGGAUUUCCAAAAAUGCCAGUGAAGAUGAAAUCAAGAAGGCCUAUAGAAAGGCGGCUAUGAAGAACCAUCCAGAUAAGGGAGGAGAUCCUGAAAAGUUUAAGGAGUUAGGUCAAGCAUAUGAAGUUUUAAGUGAUCCUGAGAAGAAAGAACUGUAUGACCAGUAUGGUGAAGAUGCCCUUAAAGAAGGGAUGGGGGGAGGAGGCUCGUUUCAUAAUCCAUUUGAUAUAUUUGAAUCAUUUUUUGGAGGAGCAAGCUUUGGUGGUGGUGGUAGUUCCCGAGGUAGAAGACAGAAGCAUGGUGAAGAUGUGGUGCAUUCUUUAAAGGUUUCCUUGGAGGACGUUUAUAAUGGCACAACAAAGAAACUAUCUCUUUCUAGAAACAUAUUAUGCCCAAAAUGUAAAGGGAAAGGUUCAAAAAGUGGAACUGCUGGUAGGUGUUUUGGAUGCAAAGGCACUGGUAUGAAAAUUACAAGAAGGCAGAUUGGACUAGGCAUGAUUCAACAAAUGCAACAUGUCUGUCCUGACUGCAGAGGAUCUGGUGAGGUCAUUAACGAGAGAGAUAAAUGUCCUCUGUGCAAAGGAAACAAGGUUUCCCAGGAAAAGAAGGUGCUGGAAGUGCAUGUUGAGAAGGGCAUGCAGCAGGGUCAGAAGAUUGUUUUUGAAGGACAAGCUGAUGAAGCUCCUGACACAAUCACAGGAGACAUUGUUUUUGUAUUGCAAGUAAAGGAUCACCCAAAGUUCAGAAGGGAGCAGGAUGACCUCUAUAUUGAUCACAAUCUCAGCUUAACCGAGGCACUCUGUGGCUUCCAGUUUGCUGUCAAACAUCUUGAUGGUAGGCAACUAUUGAUCAAAUCAAACCCUGGGGAAGUCAUCAAACCAGGUCAAUAUAAAGCAAUAAAUGAUGAGGGAAUGCCACAACACAAUAGGCCAUUCAUGAAGGGUCGCCUUUACAUCCAGUUUAAUGUUGAUUUCCCAGACUCAGGGUUUCUUUCCCCUGACCAAUGCCAGUUACUGGAAAAGGUGUUACCUCAAAAGAGCAGCAAGCAUGUGUCAGACAUGGAGCUGGAUGAUUGUGAGGAGACCACUUUGCAUGAUGUCAACUUUAAGGAGGAGAUGAGACGAAAGCAGCAACAGCAAUAUCGCGAGGCAUAUGAUGAAGAUGAUGAUGAGCCAUCUGGUCAACGAGUGCAAUGUGCUCAACAGUAGUGCAAUUUAUGGUAGUAGAGGUUCUAUAAUUUCUGCAUGGUUUUUAUCUUUUGUUUGCAUAAUGCAGUUAUAACUGCGUGAUAAAUUUACCCUUUAGGUUUUGGCUGGUAACGUUAUUUAGUCUUGGCAGAUUUCUAAAGUCUGUUUUUUGUUGUAAUAUAUGAAAAUUAAAUGUUUUGGUACAAGGCGCGCAAUAACGAUUGCAUAUCCCAGUUUCAUA